UUGGUUUCAGUUUCCUUUUUGUUUGUAGGAGAAAGGAGUCAAAGGACAGUACCAGUCUGUAGGGAAGAAGGACUACAUGCCCCAGGAGCGCGUGCAUGGGGCCAGAUUCUAGAAGGAGAACUGAGGAAUGACUUCUUUAUUUUAGUGGUUUGUGAUCUUUAAUGUGCUGGAAUGAAAACUGGAAGGUGAGGUUCCUGUGUGAAGUUGCAACUGAAUGCACAAUCUGCACUUCCUCUGCGUGCAAUGAAAUUUUGGAAGGAGAAUCCCAGCGGCAUUUCGAACAGAAACGUGUUUUAAAGAAAGGAGCAUUUACUGGAGGUGUCUAACAGUGAAGAAAGUGAUAGGCUAAGAGGUUUUGUUAUUCAUGUUCCCGGAAGUUGGAAUUCUACAAGAAGGACAUGGCCAUGGAUGCAGACACAGAACUCUUGGAAAAGAUUAGUUUGAACGAAUCUGCUUCCGAGAUGGGGGAGGAAAAAGAAAAAGUCUUGGGAAAUAACAACCAUGCUGCACCAUCCCUGAUUUCCAGCCUCCAGGAAGGGACCUCUGCUUUGAAUAUUUACACAGCAGAUGAGGAGAAGAGCAAAACACCUCCAGAGAACAAGGGCCAGAUCAUUUUUGAUGACCACGAAAACCUGAAAUGGGUUGAUUGGGAAGGGUCAAUUCCAAGCGGGGCAGUUUCCAUCUGGAAUGAGGAGGCAUCUCGCAGAGAGUAUGUCUGUGCAGAGGCAGGAUGUUCUGUUGGGUUUUUCAAUGAAAGUAAAGGUCCAUAUUGUUACUAUUCCAAUGCUGAUCAAGAACAUCGCACCUCAAACUUCAGAAUGUUGGUAAAUGAGAAUAACGGUGAAGUGCUAGAGUGGAAGAAAGGAUCAUUUGGUUCCAUUCCUCCAAAGUCAGUUCCAAGCUACCCCAGAGUUAACGUUUUUGUAGGUAGGAAUCGUUAUGGCUUAGGGAAAGUAGACCCUAGGUUUAGAGCUUUCUUCUUACCUCAGAAUGGCAAAGAGAAGUGUUACAAAGAAUACGAAGUUCUGAGUGUUAACACGCCCUAGAAAUAGCAAAAGUUCAGUAUUUAAUAAAUAAGGCAAAAUUUUCUUACUGGACAAUUCCAAUCUUAACAUUAUCCAAAAUCCUUAACAAUUUUCAAAAUAUAAAAGAAACCACAACCGAUGAGCAAUGCUGAAAAAUUGGUCACCCUACUUGAAAUGUAGUGGUUUCGGCAAAAGUUCCCAUUUUCAAUGGGACAUCAGUAUGUUUUUCAUCAGAGAUAACUUUUCCAUUGUAUUGGUGCCAGUCGUACCAAGCUGCAAAAACAUCUGUCUACCUGUGAAAUGAAUGUCCCCACCAUUCAUGAACGUGAGAUGGUCAUGAUGGGUACAAAGACGAGGGCUCAUAUACACUAACCAGCCACACUCAUCCGUACUUAUCAAAAAGGAGAAACUCUCAGCAACACCAUUCGAGAAACAAGCACCAACAUCCACGUCUCAGAUGUGAAUGCUGAGGUGAGACCAUGCCAGCCCAUAAUAAAUGCUGAACUGUGUCUAAAGGAGUCUGUAGUUCCAGUAUCAGCAAUAUGGAAAAUUGUAGCUCUACUUUAGGCUUUUUCUUUUCCCAGAUUUUAAUCUUUCCAUGGAGUUAAUGUAAUAACUUUAUUGUUUAACAUUUUAUUUAGGGUUAUUGUUUUCUUUAGAUACUGAAGGUUGGGAUCAAGACCAUCAUUCAACCCCCAAGGAACACCUCCUUAUCCACUAUCCACCUUAUUCUCUGUUCUUAUGCCCUCAGCUGCCAUGUAUAAUGCUGAACAGCCACAGAAGAGUAAAAAGAAGAUAAAUGUUGAGCAUCCGA